AUGCGAGCGUCGUGCCCGCGAGCGAUUGUCGCGCAGAGCGCGCUCCCAGCCGCGCGUUCGCGUCUAUCCCCUUCCCGCCCGCGCGCGCUCGCGAACCGCGUCGUCCGCGCGGACGCCGUGACGUCACCGCCGGCGAACGCGUCCGCCUCCGAUCGAACCGCCGCCGAGGCGUCUUCCUCGUCCGCGUCCGACGCCAUCGUCGCCCCGCCCGGGUGCGUGAUUUACUUCGCGUACGGCAGCAACGUGAACACGAAGACGAUGAACGGCGUGCGAGGGAUCAGCCCGUCCGCGUCGUAUCCCGCGGUCCUGCGCGGGUACGAGCUCGUUUUCAACGUCCCGGGUCUGCCGUACGUCGAGCCCGGGUUCGCGUCCGUGCGACGGAUCGGGACGACGACCGCGACGUCGGACGACGCGGUGGCCGACGACGGCGACGCCGACAUCAUCAACGACGACGGCUCGGACUCGUCGUUGAGUAAGUACUCGCGAGAGGUGCACGGCGUCGCGUACGUCGUCACGGACGAGGAGUGGAGGUACAUCUUACGCACGGAGACGUCGUACGAGACGGAAGUCGUGACGCUGGCGGGGUAUCCGGACGCGGGCGGGACGUCGAUCACGGCCAUCACGCUGACGUACCCGGACGUGGACGUAGGCACGAAACUGUGGCCGUCGAAGCGUUACUUAGGGUUACUCCGCGAGGGCGCGGAGGAGUGGAACUUAGACGAGGGGUGGCGGCGGUACUUGAACGAAGUCGUGAAGCCGUUCGAGCCCGCGACGAACCCGGCGGCGCCGCUCGUCGCCGCGGUGAGCGUGCCGACGCUCGCGCUCGUCACCGCGCCGAUCGGGAUCGCGGUCGCGGCGAGGAACGCCGGGGCGAAGCUCGCGAAGUCGCGGCAAAAUCCAGGCGGCGCGGAGAUCGACCUCGCGGACGCCGCGACGGCGGCGGUCGUGGACGGGUUCAACGUCCUCACGGGCGUCACGUGGGGGUUACACAACGCGCUUUGGGCGCCGUUGUUCGGCUCGGGCGCGAACAACGAGAGCGACGGCGACGGCGGCGCGCGGGGAUGA